UCCAAAAUUAUAUCAAUCGAUCCUGGAAAUCAUAAGUGGGUGGGUUUGUGGUGGGGGGGAUUUUUACUAGGUGGACUAUUACUGAUUCUGGUAUCAAUACCAUUUUUCUCAUUUCCAAAAGAAUUAACUCACGAAAAAGAAAAAAUAAGACUUAUGGAGAAGGCGGCUGCCAAAUCCAAUGGAAACAAUAAUACUUCUGCGUCGACUGCACCUGUUCAACACACAACAAAAAAUGAUAGCGGAUACGGCAAGGAUGUUAAAGAUAUUCCUCAAUCAAUGUGGAGGUUGGUGUGUAAUCCAAUUUACAUUGUAACGUGUCUUGGCGCGUGUAUGGAACUCAUUAUAGUGUCUGGAUUUGUUGUAUUCUUACCUAAAUAUUUAGAAACACAGUUCAGUUUAGGAAAAAGUCAAGCGAGUGUGUUUACUGGUUCCAUCGCUAUACCCGGUGCGUGCAUUGGCAUAUUUAUGGGUGGUUGCAUUUUGAAGCGUAUGGAAUUGCGACCGAAAGGAGCGAUACAAUUUGUACUUUUUGCCAACUUUAUUUGUCUCUCUUGUUACGCCUUGCUGUUCUUCUUGGGCUGCGACAAUCUCAAAAUGGCCGGCACUACGAUUCCAUAUUUUAAUAGUACUCAUACCGAACCAUUCCAAGUGAAUCUUACGUCAUCUUGUAAUUUUGGAUGUGAAUGUAGCAUGAAUGACGUUGAGCCUGUAUGUGGAAAUAAUGGGUUAACCUAUUUUAGUCCGUGUCACGCCGGUUGCACCUCCAUUUUAAGGUCCAAUUACACCAACUGUGCCUGCAUACACGGUAAUAUGAGUUUAAUAACGGGGACAACAUCUGCAGUUACACUGGGUGCUCGAACUGCCGAUGCUGAAUAUGCUGAAGUCACAGUAGUUCCCGUCGCUACUGCUGGUCCAUGCAACUCUUCCUGCCAUACUAUUUAUCCAUUUCUGAUUUUAUUGUUUUUUAUGACAUUUAUUGUAGCUGUAACUCAAAUGCCAUUACUAAUGAUUGUGCUUAGAUCCGUCGGUGAGGAAGAGAGGUCGUUUGCUUUAGGAAUGCAAUUUGUAAUAUUUCGACUGUUUGGUUAUAUACCCGCUCCGAUUUUGUUUGGCAACCUAAUAGACUCUACGUGCUUGCUUUGGAAGAGUACGUGUGGUACCAAAGGUGGGCGAUGUCUCUUGUACGACAUCGAAAAAUUUCGUUAUAAGUACGUCGGAUUAUGUGCCGGAAUUAAAAUUCUGGCUUUAGCAAUUUUCAUAACCGAUUGGUGGCUGAUUAGACGUCGCCGGCAAAUGGAUGAAAUUGCAGGAAUGACGGCAAACGAAAUUGUUGGCUCUAUUAUUAGUUUAGAUAAAUUAUUUGAAGAGAAAGGAUUUACAGCUGGUCAUCGGCGUAAUAUUAGCUCUGUUUCAACGUACGAAAUUCCUGCUUCUCCAAAUCCGUCUACAUCCGGCCUUAAAACUAACUCCCCACCUGGUGGUACUGAUUUAAAAUCCACGGCUGCUAAGGCAUCAUGCGAAAACAAAGAGGAUGACCCUAACUGUCAGAAUGAUGCUGUUUCGUGUGGCAAUAUCAGUUUGAAAGAAAAGGAAGGGCAGUUAUAAUUAGAAUAACACCUAGGCAAUUUUGCACAGUUAGAUCAUUUUAAAUGGUCAUUUCAUCUGACACUUGUUGUAUAACACCGAUUAGUUAUCCCAGUUGCUUCCAAAGUAACUUCUUGCCUUAGUUUAUUUGGAGAAAGUCAAAUGGAUCCUAUUUUUUUUGGCAAAGUUCAAGUGCUUACUUAGUUUAUGUUACUUAUCCUAAUGCUGCUAUUAUUUCUUGAACGGUAGCUAUUUAGUAGCAGAUGAGCUUGAAAUUUUACUACUAAAGGUAUCUAACUUUUGAAAAACAUUAAUUUAGAUGGUUAGAUUUUUAUUAACCAUUAGUUAUUGCUUCAAACAAACAGUGGUUAUGUAUUUCGUAUGAAUCAUUUGAUGGUGCUUAAACAGUAUUGCAAUAUUAAUUACAGCAUAUUCUUUCAGUUCUUUUUGGGAAUAACAGAUUAGCUAGACGACUAUUGUUAUAUGAUAUUACUAAUUUAAGGCGUUUCUGGAUAUGCUGUAGACACUGUACAAAUUAGCUAAGUAUUAAGAAAGAACUAUGCAACGUGAUUUUUUUAGAUUUUCAUCGAGAACAAGUAGUUUGAAAAGUACAAUGUUAAUAAAAAUGUAAAUUAGCAUUAUAUUUUAGCAAGGCAGUAAACAUAAUAGCCACUUACUAUUGCACCUAUUCGGUUAAUAAAGCCUAAUACUUGCAUAUGAGUGCACACUUAACUAUUAACAUAUACACCACUAUGGUAGAAUGCAGAGAGUUCUCUUUUUGAUUUUGUCUUUGUUUCGCCUUUUGUACCAAUAUUGUGUAAGGGAACUUAAAAAUUGCACUAUAGCAAUAAUCUGUUUUUAUUUUUUGACACGUACUUAAAAACCAUAAAUAUCUAAGUAGUCUUAUGAGACCACUUACUUAACCAGUAAUACUUCGAAAUAAACUAAGAUGAAGGAUUAUGUAGGAAUUUUUAAAUCCAAAACUAUAGAUAAUGACGGUUAAGUUUCAUAAAGUCACUGUAUCUUUUUUCAACCCUUCUUUUGCCAAAUAAACCUUCCAACUGAACUUUGUCUUAAAGCAUAUUGUCACUACUUAUUGAAUUUCAGAAUUCUAAUUACAAUUUGAUCAUGAUUAGUAUGAUGUGUAUUCUUACCCCUUCUUUCGUAAUGUGGUUGAUAAACUUUUGAAAGUAUCAAUACAAAAAAGUGUCAAUAUUAUCCUAACCCAGAUCACAAGGAAAGUCAAUAAACAAUUCAUAUCAGUAUUUCUACCUUUGACGCCUACUUCAGCAUGUGAAAACUUCAUUCUAAAACAAAAGUCAAUUAUUUAUAAGUUGGACCAUGUAACACUCGUCUAAACCAAAAAUGGUUGUGGUUAUGAUCAUUUUGACAAUAAAUGCACUUAGACGAUUCGCCCUUUUAUACUGAAUAAUGUAAAUACAGAAAUUGUUAAAUACUAUUAAUCCACCCAAUUUUUUCAUGUCACAGUUGUACAUGUGCUUAAAGUAUAACCAAUGCAGUACAACCGAACCAAAAUUUGGUACUAAUUUGAUACCAAAACAUUCAUUUCAUUUAAACAGCUUGAAUGGACAUAUUCAAAAAUGCUUUGAUGCUACUUUAAACUUUUAGUUUUUAGUGACACAGAACUGCAUGAUUCGUGAUUGGUGCAAGCAAUCAGCUUUACAUUAAAUUGGAAUUAACCGUCCCCAUGAAUAGAUUCGGACACCACCGAAUAAAAUUUUAUGUUUGCAUGAUAGGAUUUAGUAAAUGUGUUAUUUAACUGUAUUGCAUUGGUUAAUUGGAACUUGAAGUAGGCACAGAAAAUCAAAUGUUGAUCCUUUUUGGUUAAUGUUAGUUCUACAUAAUCCUUAUACUAUAUGGCCAUUUUGCAUAAAAUUAAGAAUGCACAAUCGUAAUUCACAAUUUUGAGUACUUAAAAUUAAAAGUCGACAUUUUGCAAUAAGUGGUGCCACAGUUUCAAACUGCAAACCUAUCAUGUAGUACGUUCCAUUUGAAAUAUAUUAUUAAGGAGCAAUUAGGGUUACAUAAAAGGCGUGUUAAAAUGAAUGUAUUUUAUUAAUACAUGAAACAAACAAAUAUUUUAUUAAUAUAAAAUAAGUGAUAGCAGAUGAGUUGUACUCACUGCCAAUGAUAAUUCGGAUGACAUUUAUUCUAGUUUAAACCAAAUUUUUGUAUUUUAUUUAUUUGUAAUAAAUGGUUUUGAUCACA